GGCAGUUCCUUUGCUGACGCUUACUGUCACAGUCAUGGAGGAAGCUGGUUACGGAUCCAAUGAACUCCUGAUGAACUCCCAAUACAGUGCAUCCGAGAAGUCCACCGACGGAUCCUCAGGGAGUUCGAAAAGCGGUGUUACCAAAUCACAAAAGAAAAUAGUGCUGUCAAAUACAUUGGUGGCUAGAGAUGACGAUGGAGAAGAGACAGAACUCGGAACAGAAAUAAAGAUCUCCAUCACUCCCGAGAAAGGUGGUCACCGUGAUAAAGGAAAAGGACAGAAGAAAGUAGCGCCAGUACAUCAACCGAUCAGUCAAUGCAAGGCCAUAUAGUGAGUUUGAGUGACACUACCACUUCAACUGCCAGCCAAACCGGGACCUCAAAACCCAGUGCACCAAAGAAACGAGAUCUUCCGGUGACAAGACCUCUGCGGACUCCCAAAAAGAUAAUCGUGAAGCCUGCGACG